GGGCGACUCUUUACCACCUGCGAGACGCCCACCUUCAGUGAACAGUAUACUAGAACAAAACAUUCCCUGUAUCUCCUACUUUGUUACGUUCUCGAACCGCAGCCAUGGACAGCAUCAAGCAACAGCUGGAAGCCCUCCGCCCCGAAAUCGACCACAUCCUCCAAAUCAGUGGUUCGCCCGCCCUAUCUCUCGGUGUCCUCCACAGAGGAGCCAUCAUCCACACGGCCCAUUUUGGUCAUCUCCACACAAACGAGUCAAAGCUGCCGAAUGAUGACACAAUACACUGGGUCGCAUCUCUGACAAAAUUGAUCACAGCAGCUGCCAUUGCCAAACUCGUCCAUGACGGCAAACUUCACUGGGACGUACCCAUCAGGGAAUACCUGUCGUCCUUUCGCAUUCGUCAAGAUGAGCUCGGGCUCAAGGCUACCUUGAGGGACCUUCUGUCCAAUCGCACGGGAAUCACACCUGCGAAUAACCUCUGGGGUUUCCAGAAUAGCGAACCGCUUAUGAAGAAGAGCGAGACCACAUUCACAGCCACGUACUUGAGCUCCGCCAAACCUUUCGGCCAGUUCGUAUACUCGCAAUGGAACUACGCGCUGGUAGACGACGUUGUCAAGGAAGUAACUGGCGCCUCCCUCUGCGAUUACAUCGAACAAAACCUCUUUCGUCCUCUUCACAUGACUCGCAGCUCCUUCGACCGUCCUCAAGAAUCCGAUGCUAAUGUUGCGCACACGCAUUGCACCCACGAUGACGGUACACCCACUCGAAAGGCAGACUUUGCACCCAUUCUGGUCGAAGCCGGCAGUGGUGUUGGUGCUGGUGCUAGAAGCUCAAUCAAAGACUACAUGAUCUUCUUACAGGCGCUUCUCUCCGCCUACAAAAACCAACACGACAACGGCGUUAAUGUCACUCCCGGCUCAAUCUUCCCUCUCACGAGAGCCAUAUUCACCCCCCAAGUCGGCUUCGGUCCUCCCCACCGCUCUGGUAUCGAUGACGUCGCGUAUUGUAUGGGCAUAUACCGCACGAAACUCCCUGGCUAUCUAAGUUUUGCCAGCCCAAACUUCUACUACACGCUGGGUAGAAAGAGACUCCCACCCUACGGCACGAGACUUGCUGGCACCGAGGUUUUCCACCAUUCCGGCACCGGUCCAGGCCACCUAGGCGCAAUGUAUCUCGUUCCCUCGACCGAAAGUGCCGUGGUUGCCCUCACCAACUCGCAGCCAUUGAUGGAUCCGGUCGAUUUCGCGGCGCAGCUUGCAUUGUCGGUCCUGCUAGGGGAGAAACCGAUGGUGUAUUUCGUUAAGAUGGCUCAGCUGGGCAGGGCCAUCACACUGGAAAAUUAUGAGGUGCUCAAAAAAGUCGUCGCCGAGGGAAAGACGAAUGUGCCCCCUACGAAGCCUCUUGCUGCUUACGAGGGUGACUACUACAACGCCAUCCACAACUUCGUGCUGUCUGUUACCAGUGCCGGAGACUGCUUGAAUGUGAAUAUGCAGCGGGGGAAAACGGGCUUCACAUUAUUGCCGUACGACGGUGAUACCUUCUACUGGCCGGUAGAUCGAGAGGAGGAAACUUGUACCAAGACGAUGUGGGGUUUCAUGUACAAGGACUGGCAUCUGUUCCGAUUCGAAAUUGAUUGCAACGGCGAGGUGGAGAAGUUGACUUGGAGACACGAUCCGUACCUUGCAAGUCCAGAGAUAUUCAGGAAGACGCCCACUUCCGGGACGUUUGCCAGAUUGUAAUGCAAUGAGGCUCGUUGGUUCUUAUACACUACUAUCAACGACAUUGAUUGUGGAAAUAAUAGAGAAGUAGACAUUGCGGCCAUAUAAGUACUACGCUGAUU